AUGCUGAUUCACCUGGCAAUAGUGUUCUCACUUUUGGCGUUUACCAAAUCUCUAAAUGAAGGAGACAAAUGCUUCAAAACGGAUGGUUCUCCUGGUGUUUGCAAGGCCAUAAACGACUGCCCAUACGCAGAAGAUGACUUCAGAAAAAAUCUUGAACCAAUGAAAUGCGGAAUCAGUGAUAUUUAUUCAGUCAUAUGCUGUGGGGAAUCACUUGUGGUUACCACUCCUAAAAUUAAAGGAAGAAAUACAACCACAACGGAGGGACCCAAAGCGAAAGAGUUUUCGUUGGAAUGUAACAAACCAGAGAGAAUAGGAAGGAAAGCGUAUACUAAAUGCCUUGAAUACCAAGAGAAAUAUGUGUCCACGUGUAGCGCUGCCCCUGGUAACAUUAUGCCAAUCGUUGGAGGACAAGACGCUCAGGAGGGAGAGUUUCCACAUAUGGCUCUCCUGGGAUAUGGUAAAGAUAAAUUAGAAUGGAUUUGUGGAGGUUUCAUAAUCAGCGAAGAGUUUGUGGUCACAGCAGGGCACUGCACGUAUAGCCCAUAUCAUGGUCCUGUUAAGAAAAUCCGAGUUGGUAUAUUAAGACGAAGUGAUCCCGUGGAUGCGUCUAAAGAAUACAAUGUGUAUCCGAUCAAGUACCCACAAUACCACUCACCGAUGCGAUAUCAUGAUAUAGCAUUACUACGGACUGACAGAAUUAUGCAAUUUAACAAGUUCGUCAUGCCAGCGUGCCUUCAUGAUGGCGACGAAUCACAAACAGAUGCGAUCGUUACCGGUUGGGGAACGACGGUUUUUAGACAUCAGGAAUUACCGGAUGUACUCCAAAAGGCAACAGUCGAGAGAUUUCAAAAUGGCGAAUGUCAAGAGUUAUAUAGGAAGACCCGCCUAAUGCCAAAAGGAUUUAACUCAACAACCCAAUUGUGUUAUGGAAGUCGAGGUUCCAACCAGGAUACUUGCGAGGGAGACAGUGGUGGACCCUUGCAAGUGAGCCACCCGAUCGUCUGCUGUAUGCACUGGGUCUUUGGGAUCACCUCCUGGGGCAAAUGGUGCGGUAUAGCUGGAGAACCUAGUAUUUACACUCGGUUGCAAUAUUACCUGCCCUGGAUCGAGGAAGUUGUUUGGCCUAUUUAG